GGGCGGAAGCGGAAGCGAGUGAGGAAAGGAUCGAGGAGAGGUCGUUCGCAUGCGCCAUUCGUAAUGUUUACUUCCGCCCGGCCUACUGAAGUGGUGAAGUGUGUGCACGUGUGAUGUGGUGCUCCGUGUUCUUCGCAGAGGCGACCCUAACUGGUGAUUGGGGUGGACAUUAGAAGAAGAUGAGGGGACCGGCGAUGGGGCUGCCUCCGCGGCUGGUGCUGUCAGUGUUGGCGGGCCGCGGCCGGUCUUGCAUUCUGGGGUCCGGAACAGGGACGCGGAAGGACUGGCAAGCGAGGAACCGCCGAGGCUUCUCUGACUUCUCCAUGCAGCCGUUGUCUGACUCUGAUUUCGAGGAGUCGCCCUCAUGGACAUCCAGGAACCGAUCGGAGCCUACGCGUCACAUAGCAUGUAAGAAAGCAGCCAGGAACCUGGUACGAGAUCUGCUGGAGCACCAAAACCCAUCCCAUCAACUUAUUCUAGAGUGCAAUCCAGGUCCUGGAAUCCUGACUGGGGCAUUACUUAAAGCUGGUGCCAGAGUGGUUGCCUUUGAGAGUGAAAAGACUUUUAUUCCACAUUUGGAGUCCUUAAGGAGGAAUGUGGAUGGAGAGCUACAAGUGGUUAACUGUGACUUCUUUAAAAUGGAUCCUAGAUAUCAGGAAGUAAUAAGACCGGAUGUGAAUUCACAUAUAAUUUUUCAGAACCUGGGAAUAAAAGCAGUUCCUUGGUCAGCAGGUGUUCCUAUAAAAGUAUUUGGAAUCUUACCAAAUAAACACGAAAGACGAGUACUUUGGAAAACUCUGUUCGAUCUGUACUCCUGCGAAUCUAUAUACAGAUAUGGACGAGUAGAACUGAAUGUGUUUAUUAGCGAAAAAGAAUUCCGGAAACUAAUAGCGACUCCUAAAAGGCCAGAUUUAUAUCAAGUAUUGGGUGUGCUUUGGCAAGUGGCUUGUGAAAUUAAGUUUCUGCACAUGGAGCCUUGGUCAUCCUUUAGUGUGCACACGGAAAAUGAGCACUUAGAAAAGUCAAAGCACAGGGCAUCAUUAAAUUUACUGAAACAAAACCUUUAUCUUGUUCAAAUAACUCCUCGUAGGACUUUAUUUACAGAAAACCUAAGUCCUUUGAACUAUGAUAUAUUUUUCCACUUGGUAAAGCACUGCUUUGGGAAACGCAAUACCCCAAUAGUACACCAUUUGCGUUCACUGAGUACGGUUGAUCCGAUUAAUAUACUGAGGCAGAUAAGGAAAAACCCUGGAGACACAGCUGCUAAAAUGUAUCCUCAUGACUUCAAAAGACUUUUUGAAGCUAUCGAGCGUUCGGAAGACUCUGUCUUUAAAUGGAUCUAUGACUACUGCUCGGAGGACAUGGAGCUCUAGGAAAAAAGUCUACAAGCCAUGAAUGAGCUGGAGCUGUUUGUUCAUUAAUUUUGAAAUUAUGUGACAAAUGAAAACAAUUUCAAGAAGUUCAUGUCCUUUUAACAGAAGAGAGAUUAUCCUUGUUUGGCACAAAUGAGGCAAAUCAUUUCUUCUCAAGUUGAUACCUUUGAUGCACAGGAAACCAGUGGCUACAAAUUUAGUCAAAGUUAAAUAAAACAAAAACUUGUCAGUUUGACCAGA